AUGCCGCUCUCGACUUCGAGCUCCCAGUUGUUCCGACGCGCGCAAUUGCUUCAACGCUGCCACUAUAUUCAAUCCCCCAUUGGUAGCCGAUACCAUGGCCGUCUAUCCACCUCUCUGGCAUCUCAAUUGAACCCGACAAAGCCAACGGGCUCUUCCUCUCCUUUACAUCUUCACACUGCGAAAUCAUUGGCGAUUAUAUCGCGGCAUAAUGGGCAGGGAUAUUACUCCACGGCGACAGCCACCUCCAUCGACGCCAAUUCGAAGGAACCCAAUCCGGCCACUCAUUAUGUCCCGCCCCAGACGGGUCUGGUUGCCUUGUUACCCAAGUCAUGGAUCCCUUAUGCCGAAUUGGUCCGCUUGGACAAGCCCACGGGCACCUACUAUCUCUUCUUCCCAACCCUCUUUUCCACCCUUCUCGCCGCUCCAAUGGCCGGUGUAGCACCGCUGCAGGUUCUGGGCACGGUUGGGCUCUUUUUCACUGGCGCCUUGAUUAUGCGGGGUGCAGGAUGCGCGAUCAAUGACCUAUGGGACCGAAAUCUAGACCCCCAUGUGGAACGCACCAAGUUCCGACCUAUUGCCCGUGGAGCAAUCUCGCCUCGGAAUGCAAUCUGGUUCACGGGGAGUCAACUGCUAGCGGGACUCGGAGUUCUCCUUCAGUUCCCCUCCCAAUGCCUCUGGUACGGCAUCCCGAGUCUGCCCAUUGUCGUGGCUUACCCUCUGGCCAAGCGAGUCACCAACUACCCUCAGGCAGUCCUAGGCCUCGCCUUCUCAUGGGGCGCUAUCAUGGGCUUCCCGGCUCUGGGAGUUGAUUUGCUUGCCAACCAUGACGCUCUGAUGGCUGCGGGGGCAUUAUAUACCAGCUGUAUUUCCUGGGCUGUUUUGUACGAUAUGAUCUACGCACAUAUGGAUAUCAAGGAUGACGUCGCUGCCGGCAUCAAAUCCAUCGCCCUGCGUCACGAGCACAACACCAAGGCCGUUCUUAGUGGGUUGGCGGUUGCCCAGGUAUCUCUCCUCGGUGCGGCGGGCAUUGCUAUGGGCUGUGGACCCGUCUUUUUUGCUGGCAGCUGCGGCAGCGCCAUUCUUACUCUGGGCUUGAUGAUCUGGAAGGUCCAGCUGAAGAGCGUUUCCAACUGCUGGUGGUGGUUCAAGAAUGGAUGUCUAUUGACGGGCGGUGGCAUUAGCUUGGGACUUGUCGGGGAGUAUGCUGCGCAGGACUUUGGGUUGUAUGAUAAAAGGGAGCUCUCGAAGUCCGAGUGA